AUGGAGGUUGAAGAACAAGUGAGACGCGUCGUCGAACAGGUUAAAGAGCUCCACGACUCUGCUACCUCUUUCGUCUCUUCUUCUUCCCAGGAAGAGCUCUCUCUCCAAAAGAGAGCUUCCGUCGUUGAAUCCUCCGUUCGCCGCCUCAACUCUACUCUCCUAGAGGAAGAUCUGCAACGAGCUAGAUGUAUGCUUGCAGAUGGAGACACUUCCUCUUUUCUUCCUUUCAAACCUCAAGGACGCUUUGUAAGAAUGUUUCUGGGACCUGUGAAUGUUCGAGCCACACGAAAAGAUAUUCAGCUUAAAGUUAAAGAAGAAUACAAUAGCUACAGAGAUAGGACUGCUCUUCUUUUUCUUGUUUUCCCUGCAAUACUUUUGACCUUAAGAUCUUAUGUGUGGGAAGGAUGUUUGCCUGCAUUCCCUGUUCAGCUCUAUGAGGCUUGGCUUCUUUUCCUUUAUGCUGGUUUGGCUAUGCGAGAGAACAUUUUGAGAGCCAAUGGGAGUGAUAUCCGUUCAUGGUGGCUUUAUCAUCACUAUUGUGCCAUGGCUAUGGCCCUUGUCAGUCUCACUUGGGAAAUCAAAGGUCAACCAAACUGUGUUCAGAAGCAGAAAGGAGUCCGUCUUUUCCUCCAAUGGGCUAUGAUGCAAGGUGUUGCGAUGCUUCUGCAAAAUAGAUACCAGCGCCAAAGAUUAUACACUCGCAUUGCACUUGGAAAGGCUAAGAGGAUGGACGUUGUGUGGGGAGAAACGGCUGGAGUGGAUGGGCAAUUAUGGCUAUUAUGUCCUAUUUUGUUCACUUUGCAGGGAUUUGAAGCAUAUGUUGGACUGCAGUUGCUCAGGACAGCAUUAACUGGGGUAGUCGCCGAAUGGCAGGUGUUGAUUUGCGGCAUUCUUCUGGUUGUGAUGGCCAUUGGAAACUUCAUAAACACAGUAGAGACAUUGAUGGUGAAAUCGAGGUUCAAGGCUAAGAUGAAGAGAAGUAAAAGCAAAGCAGAGCUCGAUUAA